UCCAGCCAGGUCGCGGAUCUCGCCACCGUCGUCCCCCCGGCUCUUCAUCUGAUUUGCCGGCCAUUAAUCAGAUGACGAGAGUCGUCUGCGGUGCUAAUGCAACCCGCUGAUGUACACUGUUCAUCAUUGCGACAGGGGACUGCAAUUUUGUUAUCUUAUUGCCCCGUUACUUCUUGGGCCCCUCUUUUUCCGUCUCCUAGGGUUCGAUAAGCGAUUGGAUGGCUGGAAGAACGCGCGCACACACACACACACACACACCACUGUGAGGAGGGGCAAAAUCACCAUCCUUCUAAAUUGUAGAAGAAUUGUAGAAGAAAAUGUGCCAUGUUGAUCGUCGGUGGGACCGAACCCCGUGGUGCUAUUUGGGUAUGAAUAGCGUCAUCGUCACCGUUAUCAACUGUCUAUGUAGAUGUUGGCCCGGGGAGUAAACAGCAUGGCACUAGUAUUGUCUUAUGCCCUUAGGAUCAUCUUAUGUUCAUGCCGUUGAAGAGCGCAGUAGUCAUUGCCCAACGGGGCAGGAAUCUACCUACACUAGUUACUUGGGAGCAGCGAGUCUUGCACCCGAUGAUAUCCAACCGUCCACCCAUCCACCUCAACCCUCUACCGACCCAUCUACAACCCAUCCCAGACAGUCUUGCCAACAACAAACACCAGCAUCAAGAGCCACCACUUCAGCCAGGAAGAGAAGGGAAAGCAAAAGACACGUAGGAGGCGUCCAUGCCCCAAACACCCGUGUAACACAGGCAAGAAGCGACCAAAGCCAAUGCAAAGACGACUGGCUCUGGGAGCACCGUUCAGGGAGAAUACGCUUUAUGCUUCCUUUCUUUCUUCCUCUCUUCAUAUGUUGCUUUCGGCCAGACCGUUCCUUGCCUCGCUUGCAUUUCUGGCUUAUCUUGUCUUGUCUAUCUUACCUUUCUAUUCAAUCCAUCUGUGUAAGGAUCACGGUGUGCGUGGCUGACAGCGCAUUACGCUGGUCGGGAGGAUCGGACCGUCUUGGUCAGUGGACUGUUGCUUAGGUAGGGGAUUCUUUCUGUAGCACGAGGUUGAAUUGAGACUGUGCGGGGCUUGGGAUGUAGGGAGAUGCUGCCUAUUGCAUUGCACUUUCAGGUUAUUUGUCUGGUGUGCAUGUGGUAGGUCUGGCUUUGCAGAUCGGUUGGGCGAGUAUACAGUAGUGAAAUGGAUGUAGUGUAUGCUGGAUAGACGGUCUGGUUUGAUUGAUUUGCUGGCUUUGUUCUGCUUCUUUUGGGGCUAUAUGCAGACUAUCAGAGUUUGGAUUCUGUUGGUUUUAUGCUGUACUUAAGUGACUGGUUGAGAAUACCUAGGCAGAUAGAUAGAUAGGUCAUAC